GGAAAGGACCAAACCCUAGCAGUAACAGAAAAAUUUCACUUAUCCAUCCCAUUUCUUCCCCUGAAAUCCCUUGUCGGGAAAAGGAAAAGCAAGUGUGCCGGGGUCAAUAGGAGCGCCGUCGAAGGCUGCGCUUACGGAAAGGCACGCCAUGGUCAUCCCCAUUUCGCAGUCCAGGCAAGCGAGACUCGAAGAGGGGGAUGCAGGACGAACCCGGCGCAGGCUCCGCUCGAAGGAGCACCAGGGAACAGGGCGCCGAGGCGCUCGAGACCGCGGUCCAGCCGUCUGCGGAGAGGGCUCGGCGAAUCGCGUCAGACUGCCGCUCGCCUGGCCUGAAGAACAGGCAUUUCAGCCGCUCUCCGCCGCCGCCAUGUUCUCCUCCUCCUCCUCCUCCUCGGCCGCCGCCACCGCCCCCCGCUCGCGGCCCCGCCCCCUCCGCGCCCCGCCCCGCCCCGCUCCGCUCGCUCGCUCCCCACCGCCCCGCCUGCCACGCUGCCCCUGCGCGCUCGCGCCCGGCCCAGCCUCGGCUGCCCGGGGCCCGCGAGCUCCGACGGCGCGCCCGGGGCAGCGUGCUGUCCGCCUGUAG